AGGGGGUCGUCCAUGGCAACGACGGACGGCCGGGGAAGAGCGGUCGGAGCUUGCGGAGUGGGGGCAAUGGUGGCGGAGGAUGCGGGGAGCGGGAAGGGCCGCGCGGAAAUGUCCCUCCCGCCAAAUCUCGCGCGGAUAGGGGUUGAGCUCGGGUCGGCCUCCCAGCUCGUGAAGAUAGAGGUUGGGGGAGAAGAUUUGCCGCGCCCCGCAAAAAAAAUUGCGGGCCGGGGCGGGAUGCGGGGUCUGCUCGUGCAGAUUUUCUGGCCCCGACCCGCAAUUUGGCGGUUAUUUUGCGAGCCGGGGCGUUUUGUGGGGUCUGCUAGAGUUGCUCUUAGCUAUAAUAAUCUGCAAGGUGACAUACCUCCAAAAAUUAGUGAGCUUAAGCAACUCAUUGCACUAUCACUCUCUUCUAGCAGACUUUCUGGAAAAAUUCCUGAUAAUCUGGGCCAGUGUCAGGGCCUCAUAACCAUCCAAAUGGACCACAAUAAUCUCACGGGUGUCAUUCCAACCUCCUUAGGCAACCUUUUAAGCUUGGACAUGCUCAGCCUCUCCCAUAAUGAUUUAUCAUUUGCCAUCCCAACAGUUCUAAGUGACCUUCAAUCUCUCAGCAAGUUAGACCUAUCCUAUAAUCAUCUCCAAGGGGAAAUUCCAACAAAUGGAUUGUUUGAGCACCCCGCAAACGUUUCACUUGAUGGCAACUGGGGACUUCGUGGACGAGCAACUGGUUUCCAUGUGCCCUCAUGCCCAGAAGCCUCUCCGGGAACAGGAAGACACUAUCGUUUGAUUACGUUGUUGUUCCCCCUAAUUGGUUUCAUGUCACUUGCACUGCUGACUUGCUUUAUAAUCUAUAAGAAGACACCAAAAGCGACAUUUUCAUUGUUGCCUUCUCUCAGGGAGAAAUUCCCUAGAGUUUCUUAUUGGGACCUAGCUCGAGCGACGGGCAACUUCUCUGAGAUUAACUUGAUUGGCGGAGGAAGUUACAGUUCAGUGUACAGAGGCAACUUGAGCCAAGUCAAAACGGAAGUGGCAGUCAAGGUACUUGACCUUGAGAUUCCAGGCGCCGAAGGAAGUUUUGCAUUAGAAUGCAAAGCACUGAGAGGCAUUCGUCACAGAAACAUUGUUCCUCUCAUAACAGAAUGCUCUGCAAUCAACAACAAAGGCAAUGCUUUCAGAGCUCUAAUCUAUGCUUUCAUGCCCAAUGGGAACUUGGACACUUGGUUGCAUCAUCAAGAGAAUCAGGCAGCCGGAAGGCAUUUAGGCCUAGCUCAAAGAAUAAGCAUAGCUACUAACAUAGCAGAUGCAUUGGACUAUUUGCAUCAUGAUAGUGGGAGGCCCAUCAUCCAUUGUGAUCUAGGAGAGUGAGGAGCUCAACUUCUUUUAAGAGACUUGUCAGCCGGGCUUCUCAAAGGAGCUAAAGAAGAAAAGGAGGUGCAAUUAGAGUCUGUUGAUAAAAUGACCCAGCUUCUCUAAGAAUGUAAUUGUAAUACACUUUAUACCCCAGCUUGCAUUGCCUUUCUGGAUUAAUAUCCUAUUAUGAUUACAACAAUUGUGUUUCAUUAUGUGCAACACCAAAAGCCUUGGGAAAAACCAAAUUGCCUGGCGUCAGUGUGGUAGCAGCUGUGGCCUGGAUGCUAUAAUUGUGUGCUGCAUCGCAAAUUCACAACCUACUAGCAGGCAACUGAUGUGCGUGCACAGGGGCAGUCCCGCACCCCAUGACGGGCAGACCACAUCGGGUGUUACCUCUCGCAACAUGCGCAAUGAAAGUCAAGCACUGUUUUUUAUAAUUUGUUAACACAUUUCAAUUUAGUUCUCGAAUUUUAUGGACUAAAUGUGCUCCCCAGAGCAGACUCCACUGCCUAUUUUCCAUAUACAUAAUGAAAACAGAAUAUAUAGGUUGAAGUGACACUCGUCAAAGGUGACAUUUGACAUCAUGUCAUGGUUGCACCAUUUGACAGUCCAUGAAGACGGGACGGCACUUGCUAUCAACAUAGACCUGUCAACUGCCCGUUUCAUGCCCCUGAUGUUAACUGCAAACGUGCAAAUAACCAUUUGUUAACAAAAUUCGGUGUAGUCUGCGGCUCUGCGCU